AAAAGAGACGACUCGCUAAGCUGAAAGAAUGCACUUACACUCACUGAUGAAAGCAUUCGAAAGCAGUAAGAAAAAAACAAAAGUGCAAUAUCAGGACUAUUCGAAAAUCGAAACUGAGAGUUCACGAGAUACAACUUCGAAUGCGUUACGAUGAUCCUAUCAUUUCCAAGGUCAGGCGUUUGCGAGGUCGGUAAACUUGCAUGUAAAACAAAACUCCUGAAUACUAAUCUUUCGAAAUAUUUACCGUGCCUUCGGAUCAAAUUGUUUGGAUUACACAAUCUUGAUUUUUAGUCCAAAAUGGUUUAUUUGACCUAAAGGAGCUGAUGGAUUUAUGGUCCACGACAUUCCUACCUGUUUUAUUCUAUUUUCAUGAAAGUAACAAAAAUUCGAGAAGCAUUUUGCCAUGGUUUGUGGUCACCUACUAAGUCUGAAUUUCUUUUUUCCCUUAACUGUCUUCCUCUGAACGAACAGCAAGUAGCUUUGCGUUUUGCCUACCAACGAGAUGUACUUAGUUCUAUGGUUGGAAAGUUACUUAUCCGUGGAACAGCUGUACGAUACCUUAAGAUUUCUCCACAUGAUGUUAAACUAGAACGUUCUCCGGAAGGAAGGCCAUAUAUUUUGGGUUAUUCUGAUGUGUUGGACUUCAAUAUUUCACACGGUGGCGACUUCACCAUAAUUGCUGCAACUCCUGUGGGACGAUGUGGGGCUGAUGUCAUGCCUAUAGAACUGCCAGCAUUUCAAAGGUCCGUAAAUGACUUCGUUUUGAAAAUGAAGGACGUAUUUUCCUCUACAGAAGUGAACCGUAUUUUAUCCUCUGGGUCAGAAGCCGAAAAAAUGAGAAAAUUUUAUGAACACUGGUGUUUUAAAGAAGCUUACGUUAAAGCUUUAGGAUGUGGACUUCGUAUCCCCUUAAAAACAAUAGAAUGCCAGUUUUCUGACGAUGGCAAUGAAUUCUCGAUUAGUAAUGAGCUUACAAAUCAGCCAGAUAAAAAUUGGGCCUUUGAAAAACAUAACCUACCUGAAAACCAUCUGGCGGUAGUCGCUUGGUUUGAAAACACAUAUGUGGAGACCAAAACCAGUACUUCAUUUUCCCAACUGACAUUUGAACAGUUAGUGGACAAGUUAGCAGUCCUAUCGCCUGUAGAUAAUACUGCUUGGGAUCAAUUUUUGAGGAAGCCUCAUUCACCACCAUCAUCUCGUCAACGAAUUCAAGUUAAUCAAUUUAGAUUUAAUUGAUUGUAGAAAUUUAUUUAGUCAUCAAUUGCAUGCUAAUCAUCGAUUUUUAAGUAUAAAGUAUUUUAUUUAAGGGAAAAUUUUGUAUAUUUAUGAAAUAAAAAUUUUACUGACCUA